GCGCUUUGAUUACCGUCCAAACCCUGAUCCUUACUGCCAGGCUCGUUAUACCUUCUGUCCCACUGGCUCUGCCAUUCCGGUUAUGAAAGAAGAGGAUGUCAUUGAGGUGUAUCGAUUACAGGCCCCAGUGUGGGAAUUCAAAUAUGGAGACCUACUGGGACAUUUGAAAAUUAUGCAUGAUGCUGUGGGUUUCAAGAGCUCUCUAACGGGCAAAAACUACACCAUGGAGUGGUACGAGCUCUUCCAACUUGGGAACUGCACAUUUCCGCAUCUCCGGCCUGGCAUGGAUGCACCAUUCUGGUGUAACCAGGGAGCUGCCUGCUUUUAUGAAGGAAUAGAUGAUGCACACUGGAAGGAAAAUGGAACUUUAGUUCUCGUGACCACAAUAUCAGGAACCAUGUUUAAUGAAAUGGCAAAAUGGGUAAAAUACGACAAUGAGACUGGCAUUUACUAUGAGACCUGGACAGUUCAAGCAAGUCCCAACAAACAGUCAAUAGUAUGGUUUGACUCUUAUGAAUGCUCUAAAUUUAUACAGAGAACGUACCAGAAGCUAGCUGACUUGGGAGCUGUAUUUAAGAAGAUACAAACAAACUAUACGAGCAUAAUUUUAUUCAGUGGAGAACCUAUUUAUUUGGGAAAUGAAACAUCUAUUUUUGGACCACUAGGAAACAAGACAUUGGCAACAGCUAUAAGAGACUUCUACUCUCCAUUCAAACCUCAUCGGACAGUCAGAGAGUUUUUUGUGGAUCUUUUAAAAAUAAUUGAUCGUGUCAUCUUGAAUCAUCAGUUUUACCUGUUCUACAACUUGGAAUACUGGUUUUUACCUAUGAAGUUUCCUUAUGUCAAAAUAGUUUAUGAAGAGGUCCCUUUACCUAUUGGAAGCAAAGCAUCCUUUGGUGUGUGAUUGCUUACUGCAGAACUGAACUUGCGCUUAUGUCAGAAUAUCCUUCA